AUGUGUGCUGACGACAAGCAGCCCUCGGGCAAGGACAAGUCUGUGGAGGACAACCUUUCGGGGGAAGAGGAAGAGGGUUAUUCUACUGAUGAAUACAGCGGCGUUGUUGAAGAGGCCGAAAUGGCCCUGGUUAUCACGCCAAAGAAACUCACAUCCGUCCUCAGUGCGGGUGAUGCUGCCAGAUAUGUUCGGCGCAAUAAGAACGAGGCAAGAAAGAAGGGGAACGAGAAAGCGAAAGAUGCAGAAGAGCCUACAGCUGUCACGCCGAGUAAGAUGGCCAAAAACAUGGAGCGCAGUAUAAUCGCCCAAAGGAGGAAGAAGAAGAGGGAGCAGUUGAGUAACCCAAGGGGUAAGGCCAACGAAGAAUCCGAAACCAUGAAGAAGAGCGCAGGGGGCGAAAAAAAGGCAUCCUCCUAA